GCGCGGCGCGGAGGCCGGGGAGGAGCCGGGGCCUGCAGCGGAGCCGCGCCGAGCCCGAGCCCCAGCCGAGCCCUGACACCUUCCGUCCGCCGCCUGGCUCCCCGGGGGAGUCCGGACUGGCCGGAGCCCGAGCGGCGGCGGCGCGGGGAGCCCCACGCGCCGGCGGGAGCGGAGCGGACGCGAACGGGACGAGAGGAGGCGCGGCAGCCGCAGGGACGCGCGUCCGGAGCCGCGGCCUCCCGGCCCCGGCUGCCCAGGCCAGCUCCGGGAGAGCGGGGAGCAAGCAAACCCCACCCUCGGGGGCGCCCCGGGAGCGGAGGCGGGAGGGGGACGGGAAAAGACCCUUCGCGCCCGGGCGAGGGACCGAGGAGACCCCGCUAGGGGGCGAGUCUCUCCUACCUAGAGGCGAGGAGGAUCCCCGCACGGUCCCGGGAAUGGAGCCCCCAAAGUAGAGGGGUGAUCCUUACCGAGGAAGCGAGUGAGCAGCCCCGUGUGCCUCCACUACUGCAAGCACACUCUCCUCAGUUCUGGACUUUUGGGGGCCGGAGAGAACGGGGGUAUGCCUCUGGAGUAGGCACCCUGCCGCCCAGCCCGUGCUCACGGGGGCGAGGACUGCUCAGGUUCAGAAGCAGAGGACACCCCAGGGAGAGAAGACGACUCGGCUUCCAGCCUUCCAGGAGAGGGGAAGAAGUCCCCCCAACUUCCCUGUACCCGGACGGUGGAACAGGGCAGAGCCCCUCCACUCCGAUCUCCAGCCGACAGAAAGAGCCCUCCACUCCCGACAGAUUCAGUUUGGGGGGGAGGGGGACUCCCCCAAGGGGGAGGAGACAACUCCGGGUUGGACGAGGCUCCUCCCCUCCUCCCCAGGGUCGCCGGCCGAGUGUGGGGGGUGUGCCACCUUCCUCAGGUGGGACCUCCUUCUCCUCCCCCUCUCCCUCCCUCCACUCCUCAUCCUCGGGGGACCCAGUUCCCCUCCCCAGCUUGGGAGGCUCAGCCAAGAACGGGAAGAGCCACUGAGGAUGAGGCUCUGCAUCUGCCUUUGAAGAGAGGGGUCCCUCCAACCCCAGACUCCAGUACCAGGUGGUCCCCGCCCUCUGCUGCGGCUGACGUGGAGACAGGAUUCUGAGACUUGUUAGCCUUGGCUCCUCAAGAGUGAUUACCCCUUCAGCAGAGGUCGGAGGAAGAAACCCUAGCUGGAACCUGGCCAACAGUGCAGGCACAAGAAUCCAAAAAUACCAUGGCUUCUGACCUAGAGAGCAGCCUCACCUCCAUAGACUGGCUCCCCCAGCUGACCCUCCGGGCCACCAUCGAAAAGCUGGGAAGCGCCUCUCAGGCUGGGCCUCCCGGUGGGAGCCGCAAAUGUCCACCAGGCUCCCCCACAGAUCCGAACGCCACCCUGAGCAAAGACGAGGCUGCCGUUCACCAGGAUGGUAAACCCCGGUACAGCUACGCCACCCUCAUCACCUAUGCCAUCAACUCCUCUCCAGCCAAGAAGAUGACCCUCAGUGAGAUUUACCGCUGGAUCUGUGACAACUUCCCCUAUUACAAGAAUGCAGGCAUUGGUUGGAAGAAUUCAAUUCGGCACAAUCUUUCUCUCAACAAGUGUUUCCGGAAGGUGCCCAGACCACGGGAUGACCCUGGAAAGGGUUCUUAUUGGACAAUUGAUACUUGUCCUGACAUCUCCCGGAAGAGACGACACCCUCCAGAUGAUGAUCUGUCUCAGGAUUCGCCAGAACAGGAGGCCAGCAAGAGUCCACGGGGAGGGGUUCCAGGGAGUGGAGAAGCCUCACUGCCUCCUGAGGGGAACCCUCAGAUACCACUUCAGAGCCCCACAUCGAUUGCCAGCUAUAGCCAGGGCACAGGGUCUGUGGACGGCGGAGCGGUGGCAGCGGCAGGUCCAGGUCGAGAGAGCACCGAGGGGCCCCCUCCCCUGUACAACACCAACCAUGACUUCAAAUUCUCCUACUCAGAGAUCAAUUUUCAGGAUCUAAGCUGGUCCUUCCGCAACCUCUACAAGUCCAUGCUGGAGAAGUCCUCCUCGUCUCAGCAUGGCUUCUCGUCUCUCCUGGGGGACCUGCCGCCCUCCAACAACUACUACGUGUAUCAGCAGCAGCAGCCGCCGCAGCCGCCGCCCCCGCAGUCACAGCCGCAGGCGCCCGCCCAGGGCACCUCUGCUGUCGGGGGUGCGCCGCCACUACACACCCCCAGCCCCGACGGCUGUACCCCACCCGGGGGGAAGCCAACGGGGUCCGAGGGCUACGGGCCGCCCCCGGUGAUGGCCAUGCACCCGCCCCCGCUGCAACACGGAGGCUACCACGCCCAUCAGCACCACCCCCACUCCCACCCCGCCCAGCAGCCGCCGCCGCAGCAACAGGCACAAGGCCAGGCACCCAUCAACAGCACUGGCUUCGCCUUUCCUCCAGACUGGUGCUCCAAUAUCGAUUCCUUAAAGGAAAGCUUUAAGAUGGUGAACCGGCUCAACUGGUCCAGCAUUGAGCAGUCACAGUUCUCAGAGCUGAUGGAGAGCCUGCGGCAGGCAGAGCAGAAGAACUGGAGCCUGGACCAGCAUCACAUUGCCAAUCUGUGUGACUCCCUCAAUCACUUCCUCACUCAGACUGGUCAUGUGCCCCCCCAGGGAGGCUCCCACCGGCCACCCGCCCCCGCCCGCAUCGCGGACUCCUGUGCUCUCACCAGUGGCAAGCAGGAGCCAGCCAUGAACCAAGCAGUGAACUCUUAUGUGCACCCUCAAGCCCCCCAUCUCUACCCUGGCCCAUCACCAAUGUACCCACUCCCCACCCAGGACUCAGCAGGAUACAGUCGCCCAGCACACCACAUGGUCCCUCGGCCACCGGUCCCACCUCCUGGGGCCAGUGAGGAGAUCCCAGAUGACUUCGAUUGGGACUUGAUUACCUAGUGCAUUUGAGAGCCCGGCCAUCAGCCCAGGGCUGGGUGGUGACAUAGGGCAAUGGGGGAAGCCCAGCCCCCGCCCACUCUUCCGCCCUUGCCUGUAUAUAGAUAUAUAUCCUUUUUUUUUUUCUUUCUCUGCCAGAGAAGCCACCGCAAGAUGCUGCCGAAGAUAACCCCCUCUUUCCUGCCUCAUUCUUCCUCUUCCUUCUAGUUUUUUUUCCUAUUCUUUUAUUAUUAUUCUUAUUAUAUUAUUAUUAUUAUUAUUGGUUAUAUGCUGUCUCCAGUCUCCUGUCCCCACACCAUUGUCCAUGUCCACCUCUUGCUAAUUUAAAGUCAUCUGGCUGGAAGGUGAAGCCAUGAGAGCCACAGUGAAAGGUCUCAAAUUUUGAUUUACCUUUCUCUUUGGGGAAUUCAGUGCUAAUCCCACCUUUCAGCCCUACGUUGUUUUCCGUGGAUAUCAGUUCAAUCCAGGGCUGAAGAGGCCACAUUAUUAAGUAGAAGGGAUUUAAAAUGCUGCUUGGCAGCCAUGAAUUUGCAGGUUUUACUUAAUGGUGCUAAUUUUGUCCUCUGAGCUCUUCCUUGUCCCUUUAUAUCUCCAAUCCUACUUCUGCUGGUCCUCAUUCCCCAUCAAGUGUAAGAGUGAUGGUGGUGGAGAUAAAAUCCUAGUGGAAUAAGAGGUCUGGGUUGGGUAGAGUAGAAUGCUGUAGAGGGGUGAUGAAAUACAAAACAGUCAGAAAUUGGGUCUCUGCCACUCUUGUCAAAUAAACUGCCAUUGAUUUAUUCCUGGCCUGUUCUCUAUAGGAUAUAGAGUCAGUCCUAGCCAGAACUCUGCUUCUCUUCAGGGCUUCCCAGGUGGCACAAGGUGGUAAAGAACCCACCUGCCAAGGCAGGAGAUGUGAGUUCCAUCCCUGGGCUGGGAAGAUCCCUUGGAGGAGGGCAUGGCAACCCACUCCAGUAUUCUUGCCUGGAGAAUCGCAGGGACAGAGGAGCCUGGUGGGCUACAGUCUAUAGGGUUGCAGAGUUGGACACGACUGAAGCAACUUAGCACGGACGUGCUGCGUCUCUGGUGGAAAUGAGGACAACCCUUCAGCAUAGGGUCAGCUUUUUGGAGAGGGUUUCUAUUGAACCAUUCUGGCUUUUUAAACAUCAUGUUCUCUGGAAAUUAACUGGCUUUUAUUUGCAUUUACUAGUUUUCCUUUCAUCCCCUUAUCUCAUUUGGCAAAUAUUAUUUCAUCCUCUUUCAGUUGUCUGCCCAGCUCUUCCACCCAUCAAAUUUUCUUUUCCCGUUUUCUGGGAUUCUCAAGAAAGAAGAGUAACCCAUGAUUCCUUUUAGUCUCACCAUGUCCUCGGGCAAGACUGGAAUCUGUUUCCCAUGGAUCAAAGCAGAACCAAACCUACAGUACGGGUGGCAGGAGGGUGAGAGAGGAAAGGGGAAGUGGUGUAGACAUGCAUAGGGAAUAUUUCAGUUAUUUACCUACGUAGGCAAAUGCUUCUCUUGGAAUCCAGAUCACUGGGGCUGAAGCUUCUGCAAGCAGGCUUUUUGAAGGAUGAAGGAACUUGGGAGAGGGUAAUAAAUAACCGAAUACAAAGAGCUCCACGAGGGCCAAGGAAGGACCCCCCCACCCGCCCCCUCCCCCCCGAAAAAGGUACAGGGGAAACUUACCUCCUUUAUCAAGGAGUGGCCAUGGUUUAUGGCUGCAAAGUACUUAGCGUAUAUUGGAUAUUAAUUGUUGAAUUCUAGUUCUGAGAAGGAAGAACAGUUUUAUUUCCGUUUUUAUUUUACUGAAUGGUCACUUUCUUAAAGCUGUAGGACAAAAUGUGCGAAAUGGACAAGGCCAUUUUCUCUGUGAUUUCUGGUUUUUUCCCUGUCUUUUUAUUUACCCAUGCUUUCCGCUCUCCUGCUUUUCCCCUCAUCCUCCCCUUCCUUUCUUCAUAAAGGGUUCUAUACUGAGAGUUUGUUGAAGAAGUCCAGUGAGGCUGAAGUCAGGGGGGCAAGAAAGGGCAGUUAACUAAACAGCACUUUAUUUCUUUGAAGUUCUUAGUAAGACGUGGGGGUGUGAGUGGCUUGAACCCCCUGUCGUGUUGGAGGGCAGUUUGUGGGGUUGAAGUAUGGUGUAAGAUUUCCCAUUGGGGAAAGGAGAAUUCCUCUUUCAGGGUGGUGACACGCCUUAGCCCAGUGUCCCCCAUCUGAGGCGUGUCUUCCUUAUCCUUCCAGUCAGGGUGCCUCCUACACACAGCGUCCCAUCUGUUCUUCCUAAGAUCUCC